UAUGAAACCAAUAACCUUAUUGGUGGCUUUUAAAUUCACCUUAAAUCUGCAUAAUGAGCAUGUCAGAUCAGGACAGUGACACAGAACAAGAUGUACUCGAUGACACUGUCGUUAAUAAGUAUAAAAUGUCUGCUGAGGUUACAAAUGCGGUUUUACUCGAGUUGAUUGGUCUUUGUGUUGACGGCGCUAACAUCGUUGAGUUGUGUGAAUUAGGUGAUAGAAAAAUCUGUGACAAAGUAUCUCAGCUAUUUAAAAAAGAGAAAGAGAUGAGAAAAGGUAUUGCCUUUCCCACUGCAAUCAGCGUGAACAAUAUGAUACGUCACUACUCUCCUAUUGAAAAUGAAGCAUUUGGUCCUAUAGAAAUAAAAACUGGAGACCUUGUCAAAAUUGAUGUUGGUGCCCAUAUAGAUGGUUAUGCUGCUAUAGUCGGACACACUUUUGUUGUUGGUGCAAGCCAGGACAACAAAAUCACUGGCCGAAAAGCUGAUGUUAUACUGGCCGCACAUGCAGCAGCAGAAGCUGUCAUUCGGCUAUUAAAACCGGGAGUGGAGAAUCUAAAGGCUUCAGAAAUUGUAAGUAAAACUGUUACAGAUUUUAACUGUCACGCCGUGGAAGGCAUGCAAUGCCAUCAAAUGAAAAAGCUUGUAUAUGACGCAGAAAAAAACAUUGUUUUCAGUCCUACGGAAGAGCAGAAAAAGACAGUUGAAAAGUGUACUUUCGACAUAAAUGACGUAUGGAAUGUGGAUAUUAUUGUAUCGACGGGUGAUGGCAGACCACGGGAACAUAGAGCGCGGACAACUUUGUUUAAGAAAAAUGAAACUUUAUACCAAUUAAAAAUGAAAGCCGCACGUCAAUUAUAUAGUGAAAUUACAAACAGAUUCCUGGCAUACCCAUUUAGUUUACGUGCCUUUGAUGAUGUCAAAAGAGCUCGACUAGGUAUUUGUGAGUGUAUAAAACAUGGGGUCAUUGAACCACUUCCAGUUGUUUGUGAAAAAGAUGACGAAUUUGUUGCUCAAUUCAGGUUUACCGUUUUACUCAUGCCUAAUGGUCCAAUGAAAGUCACUGGGUUGACUUUCGAUCCUUCUCUGUACAAAUCCGAACACAAAGUCAAAGACCCAGAAAUCAAGGAACUGCUUUCCCAACCUAUUAAGAUUCAAAACAAAAAGAAAAAGCCUUUAAAACCAGAAUCCGUUGCUAAAAUUUCAGCGUAGAAAUCUUGUACUGUUUGACUUUCAAAUAAAGUUUGUCGUCUAAAAUAGUUCAUUUUUUUAUUCAUUGGGUCAAGUUACACAGUCUGCAAUCGAUAUUACUGGCUAAUGUUCAACUUCUUACGCAUACAAAUACCUUCAGUUUCCUUUCAAUCCAGUAUAGUAGUAAUCGUUUUGACAUACUUUCAUGUACAUGUACAUGUAAGUUGGCUAUAGAUAGUUUGUUUUUCUCAAGCAGGUGCAUUAUUAUAUGUUAACCUAUCUGGAAAUUUUUUAACCAUAAUUCCAAUCUAUACGUAGGUCUGUAAAUAAUCUUAGUCAAAUCUUCUUGUGGCUACUCAGUUAAUAUCUGUCAUUAUUCUCUGCCUUGUCCAAAUUAACUUCCACACUCGCUGUAGGCUUUAAACUUUCUUAGUGAUUCUAACCAAUAACUGCAAUAAUUUGAGGAAAGGAACGGUCAUUUUAAAUAUGAAAUCCUAGACAUUAUGUGGUGUGUUUGACCAUCUAAUGCUCAUUUGUUAAACACCCAGUUUUCGACUAAAUCAUUAACAAUGAGUUACUUGCAAACUUUCCUACUCCUCUAGGUUGCACUUGUGUUCGAAUGCUUUCAUAUGACAAACUUGGGAUUCACAGUGAUAACCAUUACUUGGAUUUAAGUAGAGGGAUUCUGGUUACUCAUAAACACUUAUUGAACGCAAAUGGUACGUCAUGACUUGAAGCGGUGCAUAUAAGACGAUAUUUGGUAAAUAAGUCAAAUCAACAAAUAUAUAGAAAAACUGUAAAUUAGGAAAUUAUUGUUAAUUAAAUUCUAAUAAUUUU